GCUUUGGAAGAACAUGAAUCCAGAUUUGCGAAACUGGAGCAGAACGAUAAAGAUGCUGCUGUUGAAAAUGCUGAGCUUAAGGCUAGAGUUGCGAAAUUAGAACAGAGGCAAUCGAAAACCGAUGAAAAGAACAACUUUAUUAUUAAAUCAGAUGAUGAUGCCAAA